AGAAAGAGCCAUUUUUUCCUUCACAUCCUCCGCCCUACCUUAUCUUCUUCAAACUCUCUUCUCUAUCUACUUCGACCCAAUGUCGAAUGACGAGGAACAACAGCUCACCGAGUCACAAGACCCUGAAGACGAAGAUGAUGACGAACAAGGGCAACAACUCACUGAGUCGCAACUGCAGUACCCAGAGUCCGAUUCCGACUCCGACUCAUCCUCUUCCUCCGGAGACUACAUCGAAGAAUCUGAUUCCGAAACACUCACCUACACCCGACCCGGAGAGGGCCCCCCGGAAACCGAAAUCACACCCGAAGCCAACAUCCGGAGGUACACUCGGAUGCUGGAGAGCAAGAGAUUCAAGAGGCUCCGAGAGGAGGAAGACGAAGAGUACGUUUACUUCGAAGACUUAUGGGAUUUUCCUCCGGACCCCGAGCGCUGGCGGGAAGAGGAUUUGCAGGAGUAUUGGGUGGAUGCUCCAUUGGAAAUGACCAAACCCGGCUGGGACCCGGUUUGGGCCGAUGAGGAAGAUUGGGAAAUUGUUAGGGAUGAGAUUGAGGAGGGCCGGGACCCAGGCAUUGCCCCGUUUUAUGUGCCUUAUAGGAAGCCUUAUCCGGCUAUACCGGAAGAUCAUUAUGAUAUUUCCAACCCCAAAGCGGUUAUUGAAGAGCUGGAUAGGAUUGAGGAGUUCCUCAAGUGGGUCAGCUACAUUUUCCCGGAUGGAAGCACGUAUGAAGGCACUGUUUGGGAUGAUUUGGCUCAUGGAAAAGGUGUGUAUGUUGCAGAACAGGGGCUGGUCAGGUAUGAAGGUGAAUGGCUACAAAACAACAUGGAAGGUCAUGGCGUUGUUCAUGUUGAUAUACCUGAUAUAGAGCCAGUGCCGGGUUCCAAGCUUGAAGCAAAAAUGCGAGCCGAAGGGAAAAUAAUAUCAAGAGAUUUCAUGACUCCUGAAGAUAAAGAAUGGUUAGAGAUGGAUGUUGAAGAUAGCAUUCGUAUGGCGGAUGGGCAAUAUGAAAUACCAUUUUAUGAGAAUGAUAUAUGGAUCAAACAUUUUGGGAGAAAACCGGAGAAGGGUCGAUAUCGCUAUGCUGGGCAGUGGAAGCAUGGUAGAAUGCAUGGGUGUGGUGUAUAUGAAGUCAAUGAACGCACCAUUUAUGGUAAAUUCUAUUUUGGAGAGCUAUUGCAGGAUUUUUAUGGUUGUGAUGAGAACACUUCAGCGAUGCAUGCUGGUAUAGCAGAGGUUGCUGCUGCCAAGGCUCGGAUGUUUGUUAACAAGCCAGAUGGAAUGGUUAGGGAAGAGAGGGGUCCUUAUGGUGAUCCUCAACACCCCUAUAUGUACGAGGAGGACGAUGUAUGGAUGGCACCGGGCUUUAUCAACCAGUUCUACGAAGUUCCCGAUUAUUGGAAGACAUACGUGCAUGAAGUUGAUCAGGAAAGAGAAAUGUGGUUAAACUCAUUUUAUAAAGCUCCCUUGAGAUUGCCUAUGCCUGCGGAGCUUGAAUAUUGGUGGUCAAAAGAUGAGACUCCCGAAUUUAUUCUUAUCAACAAAGAGCCGGAACUUGACCCUGAAGAUCCAUCAAAGCUAAUAUAUACUGAAGACCCGCUCAUUUUGCAUACCCCAACUGGAAGAUUGAUCAAUUACAUCGAGGAUGAGGAACAUGGUGUUCGAUUGUUUUGGCAACCACCUCUAAAAGAGGGUGAAGAGAUUGAUGAGAAGGAGAUCCAGUUCCUACCCCUUGGAUUUGAUGAUUUCUAUGGACGGGAAGUGAUUCAAAAAAGGGGUAAUAUAUGGAAGCGUUUAAUAACUGCAAUAGAAAAUGCGUUGAAGCCAGGAUUUGUUAAACUAGAAAAGUGGACUGAAGAGAAGAAAAAAGCCAGUAAGUUGAAGAUGGAGCUUAUUGAAAAGGAACUUGACCAUAUAGAGGCUGAACUAUGUUUGGAAGAAGCCAUUGAGGAUUUGGAUGAAGAGCUAGAGAAGAAAGAGAAAGAGGAGGAGAAGAAGAUGGAAAUGGGUCUGUUGGAGGAUGAAGAAGAUCCUUCUGUGGCGUUUAACAAAGAGGAUAAAGCCAUUCCCAAAGAUGAUGUUGACAAAGGUUUCAAUGAAGAGGAAGAGGAUGAAGAUGAGGAUGAGGAUGACGUUACACCUUCGAGUUUUGGAUCUGUUCCUUCCGACCAGAAGGGGAAGAAGCCUAGGGAGCCACCAUUUUUUUCAUCUUCAUUGUCAUUUACUUCUUGCAGCCUUGUUUCAGCAGUUCCAUCUACAUUGCGAGAAUCGUUUUCAUCAUUGAAACAGGUUAAAUUACCUCAAAAAUCCCAUCCUCCCUCAUGUGUGGAAAACUCCGAUGAGCCCGUGAAAAUGAUCGGUUCGGUCAGUUUCCCUCCGGUGCUAGGCCAGAAAGGAAGGUUGAGAGCAUUUAAACAAGAUCAUCAGAAGUUUCAACCGCAAAGUCGAUCUAGUGGAAAGAAGUCUCAUUUACACUCCUUAUGUAAGAUCUUAUCAUGUCCUUCAACCACUACGAGAAGCCAUCUGAGACAGCCCCGGAAUCUUGACCAUUUUGAGCUGCGUGCUGCACCGGAGAAAUAUUCCGACAAUAUUUUAUCUUUGCAUAUUCCGGUUCGUUAUUUGGAAACCUACGGAGAUACAACAAGGUAUUGAGCCUCAUUGUAGGAACUUGAAUGAUCGCACCUACUAGGGCCGGUCUUUUGUUGAGGUUGCAUUUGAUUGUUUUUUGGGAAAUCUUUGUUUCAAUAUGCACUUGGUUUUAUUUUUUUAAUGAAAUCAAAGUCAAAACAUUGAAAAAGCA